AUCAAAUCGACGUAAACAAGAAGAAAGAGCACGAGGUUCCUCAACAGGAAAAGAACCUGGUCCAAUUUUUGAUGCGAGAGCAGUAUACACUUGACUUCAGUGAAAGUAUUGCUUCUGAGAUCAUUCAGAAAUAUGAGCCUAUUGAAGAAGUUAAACAAGCACACCAGAUGUCAUUUGAAGGUUUUAGAAGAUACAUGGAUUCAUCUGAAUGUCUGAUAUUUAAUAAUGAGUAUGGUCAUGUUUACCAAGAUAUGACUCAUCCAUUGACUGAUUAUUUUAUUUCAAGUUCACAUAAUACAUACUUGAUAUCUGACCAGUUGUGGGGACCAAGUGACCUUUGGGGAUAUGUAAGUGCCCUUGUGAAAGGAUGCCGCUGUCUGGAAAUUGACUGCUGGGAUGGAUCACAAAAUGAACCUGUUGUAUACCAUGGCUAUACAUUCACCAGCAAGCUUCUGUUUAAAACUGUUAUCCAAGCGAUACACAAAUACGCAUUCCUAGCAUCUGAGUACCCAGUGGUGCUGUCUUUAGAAAAUCACUGCUCCCCUUCCCAACAAGAAGUGAUGGCCGACAGUUUGCUCGCUACUUUUGGGGAUGCCUUGCUGUCAUAUACGCUUGAUAAUUUUUCAGACAGACUACCUUCACCAGAGGCAUUAAAAUUCAAAAUAUUAGUUAGAAACAAGAAAAUAGGAACCUUACGUGAAACCCUUGAAAGGAGAGGUUCUGAUAUGCAUGGGCAGGUAGAGGAAUAUGAAGAAGAGGAGGAGGAAGAACAGUCGAAACGGGUGGUCAGAAUCCCACUCUUCAGGAAAAAGAAGGUGAGGCAACGUUUUAUAAAAAUAUCUAUGGCCCUAUCUGAUCUUGUUAUUUAUACUAAAGUUGAGAAGUUCAAAAGUUUUCAUCAUUCAAAUCUAUAUCAACAAUUUAAUGAAAGCAACUCUAUUGGGGAAUCCCAAGCUCGAAAACUUACAAAGUUGGCAGCCAGGGAAUUUAUUCUUCACACCAGGAAGUUCAUUACCAGAGUAUAUCCCAAAGCAAUAAGAGCUGACUCUUCUAAUUUUAAUCCUCAAGAAUUUUGGAAUGUAGGUUGUCAAAUGGUGGCCUUAAAUUUCCAGACCCCUGGUCUCCCUAUGGAUCUUCAAAAUGGGAAAUUUUUGGAUAAUGGUUGUUCUGGAUAUAUUUUAAAACCACGCUUUCUAAGAGAUAAAAAAACAAAGUUUAAUCCACAUAAAGUACCAAUAGACGGUAAUCCACUCACACUUACAAUAAGGCUUAUCAGUGGUAUCCAGUUGCCUCCCAGUUAUCAAAACAAAGCUGAUACCCUAGUGAUUGUAGAAAUAUUUGGGGUUCCAAAUGAUCAAAUGAAGCAGCAGAGUCGUGUAAUUAAAAAAAAUGCUUUUAAUCCAAGAUGGAAUGAAACAUUCACAUUUGUUAUUCAGGUGCCAGAAUUAGCAUUGAUUCGUUUUGUUGCUGAAAAUCAAGGUUUCAUAGCUGGAAAUGAAUUUCUUGGACAAUAUACUUUACCAGUUCUAUGCAUGAACAGAGGUUACCGUCGUGUUCCUCUGUUUUCCAAACUGGGUGAGAGUCUUGAGCCCGCUUCCCUUUUUAUUUAUGUUUGGUACAUCAGAUAG